AUGACUUGUACAAUGUGUGGUGGACCAAUAGUUAAAUUCGUUAAAUGGGGAUGGGUAAAAUGAGGAUGCGAUGCCGCCUAUGUAUACAUACAAAUAUCAGCAGGCGAACCUUUGACCCUCUAAAUCUUAAAUGUAUAUGUUUAUUUGACAUUAAUUUAGACGUACCCGAAUGCUAGGCGCUCUUUGUUUGCUUUUUUUUUAAAUUUAAUUUUCAUUAUACUUACCCCAGCGUCAAUUAUAACGUCGUUUGUUUGAAAAAGUUAUUAUAGGAAUUCUUGAAUCUUCUGAACAACAAUGGAAAGGAAUUCUGAUGCCAUCUCAUCUCUAAGGAGUCUUAGAACCAUGAUGGCUAUGCACAGAGAAUCUCCCAAGGAAGCUCAUUUUUGUACUUUAGACAAUUUGAGCGAGGCUCUUUCCACUCUUUCAGAGGAACUUGAGUCCUUUGGUUUUCUUCCAACUGCAUUGAACAUCGACGAAUCUCAGUCCUUGGAAUCAAUAAAAUCUACUUGCGUCAAACUUAUAAACGCAUCUUGGGGCUUAGUUCAUGAACAUAGGAUGCUUAUGAGGGUGAAUGAACAAGCUAGUGAUGUGCAACACAGAACAGCAAGUGAUAAUUCUAGUCUCACUAAUCAUGUUAAGCGUCUGAAAGAGGAUUUGGAAAAGAAGCAGUAUCUUUUAUGUGAAUCUCAGGAAAGGGAAAGACGACUGAAAGUCAAAUGCGAAUCCCUGUCUCGUGAAUUCAAACACGAGAAGGACGAGGCAGUGAAAUUGAGGAAACAGCUACAGUCCAAGGAUAUUCAGCACGCUCAUGAAGUAAAACGCUUACAGCAAAGUGGCCACAAACUGCGAGAUCAGCUGCAAAAAUCCGUUGGAAUGUAUGUACCGAGGGACAAAGCAUCUCAGAAUAUUCAAGAGGAACACGAGCGUCAGUUGAAUAUGUACAAACAGACAAUUUGUCGCUUACAAGAAAGCAACAGCCAACUGUUGUUGGAUAUUAAUGAUUUGAAAGAUGCGCUGAGCCUACAUUCCGAAGCAAUCGAUCUACAAGCUGAGGCGUCAGGAAUUUGGAACGAUGCAGACAUCUAGAGCUUCAUAGUGUGACACCAUCGCGUAACCUUCGAAGAAUUCAACCACGCUCUACUGCUAUUCUACAUCAAUCCGGACAAAGAUAUGGUAUAAUAUCUACAUUAACUAUACAUCUCCUAGUUUGUAAUUUACGUUAGUUUUCUUUCGCGUUAGGUUUCAGUUUUAACGUUUGAUUCUCGUUUUUUCAUUUAUGUUUGCUUUCAUAGCUAUGUUUGUAUUUGAUUUGAACUCGUGGAAUGAUUUUUUCUUUUCCAUAACGUGAACUCGAAACUUUAACACCGCAUAGCAUUAUUAUUGGUCAACAAGGUCAGCAUCCUUAUCUCGCACACUGUAUCAAUUCUGUGGGCCAAAAGCCAACGGCGAGAUAAGGAAAUUGAACAUACAAGCCGCAUCGUCUACCUGAAAAUGAUUUUCAUCACACUUAUUUACCGCUUUUAGAUAUUCAUAAAUUCAUCGUUUUUUCGUAGAAAUGCACAAUGGUUCCUAUAUACUUGAAAUAAAUAGUCUGAUAACAUUAACGUCCGUAUCAGCUAGUCAGUUGCUUGUACGUACAUCAAUUAUGUUAAAUCAAUAUUCGGUAUUGGAAUUGACAUUAUCAUUAUUAUACAUUUGCGUAUCGUAUAACCGUUUUUAUUUAUUGCGAAUUGUAGUUCUUACGGCUUUUUACGAGCUGGACGUUUUUUUUACCCAUGGUAAUACCGCGUACCGAAAUAGUGUCGGAUGUCUGAUUAAAGAUAAUUUUUUUUUUGCCGAUUUUUUUGUCGAUUGUAGAGUAGAAUGUAAUAUGUUUAUCUCUUUCGAAAUAACAUUUAUACAAUUGAGUAUCGUGCGCCAAUCAGACUAUUUUUCUACUAAAUCAUUAAUCUUUUGCUACCGUUUGUACAGUUUUCAAUCUAAGUCACAUUGAGAGAAGA